ACAUGAUUCGUCGUUUUCUCAUACUAUACGCGUCCCAGACCGGUCAGGCAGAGGCAAUAGCGAAGUCUGAGAUCUACACGAACGCCUUCGACCACGAUCUCUCGCCCGUCAUCUUCUGCAUGAGCCAAACAGACAGGAAGUUUAACCUUGAGGAGGAGCCUGUUGUUGUGAUUGUUGCAUCUACGACUGGUGAUGGAGAUCCUCCAGAUACAGCAGGCAAAUUUUGGCGACGUAUAAAAAAGUCAACUGUUUCUAAGACUACGUUUAAAAAUUUGAAGUUUGCUUUGUUAGGUCUGGGAGACAGCAACUAUACAAACUUUUGUAAUUUCAGCAAAAUGUUGAACAAGCGUUUGACAGAACUAGGAGCCACGCCAUUUUAUGACACUGGAUAUGCAGAUGAUGCAGUAGGGUUAGAGAGAGUGGUAGAGCCAUGGACUGAAGGUUUAUUUCCUGCUCUUAAGAAAUUGCUUGGAGUUCCUAUUGCACCAUCUGAAAACAAUGAGGAAAAUGGAGUUGCACUUGAUUCUACACAAGUUGAGAAGCAGAAGCAGCAUGAUGGCACAGAGAUUACAAGUGAACACGGAACGAUGCUAGAAGCAAGGAAAUUGUCUUCACUUGUAUCUCGCAAAGGGUCUCCUCGUACUUGUUUUUCUGCAAGCAGCUCUCCUAAAUUGGAACGUGUAGCAAGUCCCGAAGGAAAGAAGGCAUCAUUGAGUGUUGCUGGAGCAGGUCAGCCGACUGCAUCAUCAUUAUCAGUUCACAGAGGAUCAGUUGAUAUGUCAACAAUGUCGAGUGUCAAUAUGGCUAGAAAUAGUUUUUCAGACUUAUCAGUUGCUCCCAAGUCACCAGGAUUAGGAAAGAAAGGUGGUAAAAAAACUGUAAUUGCUUGGCAAUAUGGAGGAGCAGGAAAAAGCAAAGAGCGACGAACAUCUGCUGUACCAGUUGCAAACUCAACAACACAGGAAUCUUCUAAGAAGAAAGUUGGAGAGAAAACCCGUUCUUCUGCAGCACAAGGCGAUGCAAGUGGGGGUGUGAAGUCAAGUUCAAAAACUGAAGCUAGUGAAGAGCUCCAUAAUACGAAACAGCUUGUGAAUGUCAUGGAGGCAUUAAAGGAGUCUCUCCCAGCUUUGAAGGGUGUGAGGUUGAAUCUUCCCGCUCUAAGACCUGAGAAGUUUAUUGUGGAAUAUCCCAAGGGUGCCUCAACUUCAACUAGUUUCUCAUCAACCAAGCAAUUUGCAAAGUCAUAUCCAUCUCAGGCCACUGAUUUGUUUAUGGCUCCAAUUACUGGCUGUCAACAAUUGACACGAGAUGAUGCAGUCAAGACAGCAUUGGAAGUGGAGUUAGACACAAAGGGCUCUGAUGUGACAUACUCGCCUGGAGAUUCUUUUGGUAUUGUGUGUGAGAAUGAUCCUGAAGAAGUGAAAUGGUUGAUAGAUCGUCUUCACCUACCAUCAAAUGGCGAUGCUUUAGCUGAGAUUAAAAUAGCUCCUAAUCCACGAUAUGCUGAAGAGUCUGUGCCUGUGCAUCUUCCAACACCUUGGACUCCUCGUGGUUGGCUUCAGAACUGCUGUGAUAUUAGGAGUGUUCCUGGCAAGAUGUUUCUUCGAGUCCUAGCAGAGUAUACAUCUGAAGCUAAAGAAAAGAAUCGUAUUGAGCAGCUAUGUAGUAAACAAGGAAGUCAGGAGUUUUCAUCUCGUAUUAGAGACAACAAGAUUUUCUUUAUUGACAUUCUUGAAGUGUUUCCUUCAUGUCUGCCACCGCUGAAUGUGGUUUUGGAAGGCCUUCCUCGUCUGAAGCCAAGAUAUUAUUCAGUUGCUAGCUCUCCUCUCUCAAGCAAGAACAAGGUGAAGUGUGUGUUCAACGUUGUCAAUCUCCCGCCAAAGGGAUCACAACCUAGCAGGAAAGGUUUGUGCACAGGAUGGUUACAAGGGCUGACACAGCCAUUCAGAAGAGGGUAUGAUGCUCCAGACCAGUCAACUGCCACAGUGACAGAUCCACCAAAGGUUCCAAUGUAUCUUCGUUCAAACAAUCGAUUCAAUAUCCCUGAUGAUCCGUCUGUUCCACUGGUGAUGAUUGGGCCAGGCACUGGCAUUGCUCCCUUUGUUGGUUUCUUGCGGCACAGAUAUCAGCAGCAAACAGCUGCAAAUGCCAAUGAUAAGAAAGCUGCAAAUGCCACUGAUAAGAAAGCUGCAAAAUUUGGAGAAACUUGGCUUUUCUAUGGGUGUCGCCACAAAGAUAGAGACUUUCUCUACAAAAAGCAAUUGGACAUGUUUGUGGCAAGUGGUACGUUGUCACAUCUACAUGUUGUAUUUUCAAGAGACGAAGGGCAGCCCCCUGAUGCUCCCAGAUAUGUCCAGCAUGCUAUGAAACGACAUGCCACUGCAUUGGUUAACUUGAUCAUGAAGAAGAAUUCAUCAAUUUUAGUUUGUGGAGAUGCCAAAAACAUGGCGAGGGAUGUCAUGGUAACUCUAACCGAACUAGUCGGCAAACAUACAGAAAUGUCAAAUGAAGAGGCUGGGAAGUUUCUGUAUAGCCUGAGAGAAGCGAAACGAUACUGUGAAGAUGUCUGGACAUGAUGCUGCAGGCUGGGCUUUCAGUCAAGCUGCUUGAGAUAAGACUUAAUGGAUGGCUAUGUGUGUACAGCCAAAGUAUUGGGUCAUAUCAGUUUGUUUUUGUUGCCAGGUUUUUUGCUGGCAUCUGCCUUAUUUUUCUAGUGAUUAGAGAGCUAGUUGCUCUCUUGUUUCAUAUUUAUAAUUUCAUGCACAGUUAGAACUGCCAUUACAUAUCAGCAAAAUAAACACCAGUGCAAUCAGCAGCUGAACGAUGGAUACUGGUCAACAGCUGUGCAUGCUAGGAUGGAUUGUUUAAGUCCUUAAAUGUUUUAUGGCAACAGUGUGUAAAUGUAAUACUAAGUUUGCAGCAGUGAAAAAAUUCUCAAUUUUG